CGCAAUUUCUUCUAUGAUGAGACGGGUAGUACUAUGUGCUGACUUGUAUACGAAUUUUUUUCAUCAACGCACGGUCGUGGUGGUGCUACCUCCUGAGCCUCCUUCCGACGACUCCAGCCUCAGGGACAGAAUCACGUUGCCGGCCUCCCUCACCCCCGGUACGGAGAUUCGUCUUCAACUGGGCGAGGCAGUGUUGAUAGCACGCCGUCGCUUGCUCACCAAAACGACGUCGGCGAAGGGCGCUGUUGGUACGACCGGGACGGCAUCUACCGGCAUGCGCUGCUACACAGAGGUAAUAUAGUAGAACCAAGCCCCCGGGCGCUGCCGCGCAUCGUCGGCGUGCGCCUUCCGAAUAAGGUGAGCACAGCGCAAAUUACAGUGCAGACAAGCUGCCUCUAGGAAGUGAUGCCGGUCAUCGAAGUGAGCCGAAGCGAGCGAGAGACACUGUAAUAUCUGGAAGACCCCUAAAGCGGAAGUUUGGCACCGCAUCGGAAAAUGCUGCCGAAGAGGAUGCUGGUCGGAACGUGCUGCAUCAUGUGGAAUGGGCGGCAGCAGCCGCAAGACGGUCGGAGCUGCUGCAAGCUCCGACCCCGGCACAGACGGUCGGUGAGUUCGCGCUCCGAAAAGGUGUCACCGAUGAACAAGCGCCUCUCGGUAUGGACGCUCCAACAGGCGCAGAGUAGAAUGCUGCAGCAUAACGCGCUGCCGCGAGCGCUACUAGCCUCGGGCUUCAACCCGACCCGCGCGUGGUUCCGGAUGCCACCUCGGCCAAAGAUGGCGCCGCCAAAGAUGUACCUCUCGCGAGAUCGAAGGCUCAGCGAGGAACAGACGCUGCGCUACGGAGGACCGCAGCAAGGGGCUAGGCUGCUGCAAGCCGUGGUCUCGCGUCCCCGACCGGCCCGCGCGAGAAGGCGCAGGCGAACCUGCUGA